AUGGAGACUCUUACAGACGGGCAAGUCAUAACUCUAUUUGACCAAUUGGUCUCCGAAGGCGUCAUCGUGUACGGUCCUCACACCAAACACCUUGUCGACGCGGAGAACUACCCUAUCGAAUUUCGGAUCUGCCCCGCCCUGAUGAAGAAGCCACACACUGUCGGUGCCUCCAACCCAACCUUCAACCACACCAGCAAGUGGGGCCCUGGCUCCGACAUGUUCAUACCCGAUUUGCGCCUUAUUAUUUGCCAAAUUAACUCAACUCACGAUCUCGCGCUGAAUUUGUUCUGUGUGGAUCGACCUCAACUACUGAUGGUAACAAGCGACUCGUAUAGGCGACAGCAUGAGCCACUCGAUGCCCGGGAUUUUGCCGCAAUGCUGCAUGUGUUGCGGAGGCUGGAGGGUUGGUAUUUCAUCUUCAAUUGCGGCGAGAAGGGCGGAUGUAGUCGUGUCCAUAAGCACGUCCAAGGUCUGAGGGGGCCGCCGCAUGCGUUCGAGAAGCUGGUUCAAACGAGUGACGGGAGGGAAGAGGUGCCUUUCAAAUUCUUUUUGAAGAGAUUUGAGAAGGGCUUCAAGGCCAUGGAAGUGGCUGAGUUGCUCAGUGCCUACAAUGAUAUGCUAGCAAGAUGCAAGGAGACAUUGGAAGUAGGAGAUGGGGAAUUGUGUCCACAUAAUUUGGUACUUUGGGACGACAGCAUUGUUGUCAUUCCUAGAAGAGCUGGUAUGUGGAAUGGAGCAAGUGCGAAUACGGGCGGCAUGAUGGGCUCAGUAUGGGUGCCAGAAGUUGCUGAAGUGGAUAAGUGGUUGCAGCUUGGGCCGGCAAAUGUGUUGCGAGAGCUCGGUACACCUUCCUAA